AACAGCGGUCACUCCGAGGUGAUGGCUGGCGUGCUUUAGUUUGUGGCGAGUGAUUUGUGUUUAACAAACUUUCAGAUGAUUCACAGUUUUAAACUGGAUGUCACAGCAGUGAGGCCUGUGGACAUUUAAAGCCCUAUCGCUCGUCAGCGGUGAAAUGUUGGUUGGAACAUAAUUUUACUUUCUCAUUCUCGUCAUCUAUCUACGGCUAGACGUUAGCAAGUAAGCUAACGUCAGGUAAUAACAUUGAGUUGUGGUGAGAGUUGAGGCUGUGCAGUCAUGUCAGGGACAAACGUUUGGACUCGUAGCCGAGAGAGGAUGAGGCGGUUCCCCGACUUGCUUGCCCACUGCUCCACAGAGGCAGCGGCUUAUGGCAAAUGUGUGGUCGCCACGACUACAGGCAAGCAGGAGCUGAAGAAGGAUUUGUGUGUAAAAGAGUUUGAAGCACUGAAGGCCUGCUUUGUCUCUGCUGCAAAGCGGGGUCUGAAGUAAAGGGAGAACUGCAGCCUUACUCUGUAUAGUGUAUAUAUACACUAAUGUAGGCUGUAUAGAUAUGACCAGUUUCUGUUAUGGGACUUUUUUUUUUUUUUCAGCAAAAUCAACAGACAUUGUAUAUUUUAUA